AACCUCCGCACUGGUACUUUGGUGUCAUUUGGCAGUCUUUCCUUUCUGGGUUAUCAACGUUACCGACCGAACCAACUUUGUCGCCUUAUCCCACGUACGGACACACGUACGGACAUACCGUACGUACACCAACACAAGCAACGCCCAAGCCCCACCCAAAUGAAGGCCCAGGAAGGGUGCCCAUGCCCAUGUCCAGCGCCGAAUGAUCCAGCCAAAGACAUUCCACACCCUUUUCCAAUACACGCCGUUGACUCAAAGUACUUUGUCUACGAUGUAGAGAUUGUCACCCAUCUCCGCAUCUCCCACCAAAUGUGCGGAGUCCUGAUUGGUACUCUCCCUCAAGCACCCCAACAGAAUCUCUUCCUCGGUCUACCAUUAGAGCUCAUGACCGAGGAAGCCGCUCUCCUCCUUGAACAAGGGCAUGCAUUUGUGGUGGAUGACUGUGUGGCACAUCAGACUGCUACUGCCCGUAUCCAGGAAGCAGAUCGGGUUGCGUUCUUGGCGGAGCGGGCGGCAGAGACACAGAAGCAGCAUGAAGAGUGGUUGGAGAAUGAGAGGUUGAAGAGGGAGACAUAUACGAAGAAGAAGCCAGGCAAAGAGAAGUCUACAGCAGAACCGAAACAGAUCAUGGAAGACACGACUGAAGACUCGAUGAACCUCUUCAAUUCAGCAGCACAAGACUCAACUCCCAAAACUCCCACAGAAACAGCACUUGAGCCAAGAGUCAUCAUUGUCCCUGCCCAAUCCACCACACUAACCCACGACCUUCCCACAUCAUCUACAGCAGCACCUCCACAACCAGAUCCAGCACGCUAUGCACUCUACAAACAUCUCCAUGCCCGUGGAUACUACUCGUCCCCAGGUCUCCGAUUUGGAGCACAUUAUCUGGCAUAUCCAGGUGAUCCACUACGCUAUCACUCGCAUUUCGUCGCGAAUGGGUUGGAGUGGGGUGAGCCUGUGCCGUUGGUGGAUGUGGUUGGAGGUGGAAGGUUGGGAACUGGAGUGAAGAAAGCUUGGUUAAUUGGUGGUGAGAAUCCAGAGACACAGGAGGGGAGAUGUUUCUCUGUGGAAUGGGCUGGGUUUGGAUAA